CAGUCCCCGCUUCCGGUGGGGCGAGGGCGCCUUUCUGCCGGGUGUACCGUGUAGUGGCGUGGCGCGGAGGGCCGCCGGGCCGCUAGCAGAGCGCGCCGCCGUCCGCGAAACGAGGUGGAGUGCAGUGCGAGGGCUGGAGGGACUGAGGUGGCUUCGCGCUUCUUCGCGCUUCUUCGCGCUUCUUUGCGCUUCUUCGCGCGUGGGGCCGUGACCAUGCUGGCAGGGGACGAGUUCAUUAGCUCCCCGCCCAAGAAGACAGUGCGGUUCGGGGGUACGCUGACGGACAUCCUGCUGAAGUACCAACGGGGUGAAACCACUGAUUUUGAGCUGUUAAAGCAUCAGCUGUCAGAUCCUGACAUAAAGGAUGCCCAGAUCAUUAACUGGCUGCAUGAAUUUAGAUCUUCUGUCGCAUAUCUGACCAAGGACUUCGAGCAACUGGUCAGCAUUUUGCUGAAACUACCAUGGCUGAGAAGAAGCCGAGAGGUAGUGGAAGAAUAUCUGGGUUUUCUUGGCAAUCUGGUGUCAGCACAAACUGUCCAUCUUAGGCCAUGCCUGAGCAUGAUUGUAUCCCAGUUUGUUCCUCCUCGAAUAACCAUCAGAGAAGAUGAUGUGGACAUUUCAGAUUCUGAUGACGAUGAAGAAAACCUUUCUGAAAAUUUUGAUACAUGUCACAGAGCAUUGCAGACUGUUGCAAAAUAUGUUCCUUCAACACUGCAGUUUCUUAUGCCAAUACUUGUGGAAAAAUUUCCUUUCAUUAAUAAAUCAGAAAGAACUUUGGAAUGUUACGUUCAUAACCUUCUACGAGUUACAGUGUACCUUCCAACAUUGAGGCUUCAAAUUCUGGAACUUAUUGUUGAAAAGCUGUUAAAGUUGGAUGUUAGUACACCCCAGCAAGAUAUUGAAGAUGCUGAAGAAGCUGCUAAUAACUCUGAUAGUGAGGAAAAAUCUACAGAGGAGGGACUUUUUGACAUGGAGGAAGAUGAGGAAAGAAAAGAAAACAAAGUUGUCUCUCCCAGUAGUGAGAGAAUGGCCCAUCCACUUGCAGAGCGACUGGAUAUUUUGAUGACCAUUCUGUUUGCCUAUAUUAAAGACGUUUGCCAUGUGGAUGGCAAGCUUGAUAUCAACAAGACAAAGGAUUUGUAUCGGGAUCUCGUUUCUGUUUUUGACAAGCUCAUUUUACCAACCCAUGCUUCUUGUCAUGUACAGUAUUUCAUAUUUCACAUCUGUAGCUUAAAAUUGGGAUUGGCUGAGGCAUUUUUAGACCAUCUCUGGAAAAAACUGCAAGAUCCGAAUAAUCCUUCGGUGAUCAGGCAAACUGCUGGGAGUUACAUUGGCAGCUUCUUAGCAAGAGCUAAAUUUAUUCCAGUUGUCACAGUAAAAGCGUGCCUGGAUCUGCUGGUUAAUUGGAUGCAUAAAUAUAUUGAUAAUCAGGAUACAGGGGCUAAUGCUUACUGUGAUGUAGCUCUCCAUGGGCCAUUUUAUUCUGCAUGUCAGGCAGCAUUCUAUACACUUAUUUUCCGUCAUAAGCAACUUUUGGAUGGAAACUUAAGAAAAGGUCUGUCAUAUCUGCAGAGUUUAAAUUUUGAGCGCAUUGUCAUGUGUCAGCUAAACCCUCUGAAGAUAUGUAUACCUUCUGUUGUAAACUUGUUUGCUGCCAUUACAAGGAAAUACCAGCUGGUGUUCUGCUACACAAUUAUUGAGAGAAACAAUCGGCAGUUUAUACCAGUUGUUCGGAGUGGCACUGGGGGUGACUUCGUGCAGAUGUGCACUAACCCACUUGACAGUUUCUUCCCCUUUGAUCCCUAUGUGCUCAAAAGAUCAAAGAAGACCAUUGAUCCAUUUUAUCAGUUUUGGGAAGAACUGAGUGCUGAAGAUCUAGAGAAUCUGAAGAAGCCAAUUAAAAGGGGUACUCCUGAAGAUGAAGAUGAUGACUUUUUGAAAGGAGAAACCCCUCAAAAUGAGGGUGUGGUUGAAAUUACUCCAAAUUCUUAUGAGUCAAAUACCCGGAGCCCAGUGAGCAGCACUGGCUCUCCUUCAGACUGUCAUGCGCAAUAUCCACACUGACCUGGAGAACUAGAAGUGGAAGAGAAAAUUGCGUGCUAUUUUUUGCUCGCAAAGAGACUUUAGCUCAAUUUUCUGAACUGGCAAAUGCUUCAUCAUCAGUUUUCUAUGGAUAUAUUAAGAUAAAUUCAUAUGCUGCUAGAAAAGUCUAAAGAAUAAAUAGGGUAAUAUUUUACAAAUUUCACAUUGAAAUGUUUUUUAUGACUUAUGGGGUUUUUUUUAAUAGUUUUUCUUGACCUUUAAAGACUUCUGUUUACUAGUGUUUCUCUGUGAGGUUUUAUAUAUUGGGUGAAAUUCUGAUCUUUCUUAUUAUUGAUUUCUGUGUGACCAGAAAUCCAUUAUCAGUAUUUAAACUGUUCUCUGCUGACCUUUUUAAGUUGGUUUCAAAUAAUGCUGUGAUCUCAUGAUAGGGAAGCCCCUCUGACAGCGAUUCUGCUGCACACAUCUCUGAGCUUGUCCUAUCUGGAGAAUAGUGCUUAGUAAAGGCCUUUGGUAGUGGUGAGUGUAUUCAGAUGGUGAGCGUUAUUGCUGCUUAAACAUGUGGAUGACAUACAGCUUUUCCAGCUAUGAAAGUUCUGAUAUGUGAAGUGGUGAUUGUUGGAAGUGUUGAAAAUGAGUAGCUGAAAGUAUGAUUUGUAGAUAGUUUUAUUUGAGGUGCUUGUGAAGCACUCUGAAAAGGUAUUUAUUUUCAGGAUUUGAAGCUUAUUUGUGAAUGUUGAAAAUAUGAACAAACAAACCCCACGUCCCUCGUAAAAAGGAAUUGAUGCCUCUGCUAUUAUUGUAUUGUUUGUGUGUCAGUGAAGAGUCUCUCUGUAGAUUUUUUUUUUUCACUAUUCUAUUCUCUUUCUCGAUUCUAAACAGUGGAAAAAAUGUUAUUUGUGUAACAUAUAGUUGAAAAUUUAAUGCUUGUGGGACUCAGUUCAUCUGCCCUUUUUUUAGUCUGAGCUUGUAGGCUUUCAAGACAGUGCGUUUAUUCGGAGCCAAUAAAGACUGAUGCAAAGAGU